UUCACCUAGUAUCAUCGCCUUCUCUCCGUCAUGCUUGCCGCAUAGCCUGUGCUGACCCUCUAUCGCCCUCCCCUUCAACACCACCAUGCCGCCAUUGGGCAGCCUGCUGUGGCGCGGCCUGCGCGUCCACCAGGUCUACGGCGCCAACACGGGCGUCGGCAAGACCAUCUUCUCCACCGUCUUGUGCAAGGCGUCGAAGCUGGCGUGCCCGGACGAGCGCGUCAGCUACGUGAAGCCCGUGUCGACGGGGCCGCUGUCGGACGCCGAUGACGAGUGAGUGUAUGUCGUGCAACUGCGGGACCUUCUGAUGUGUGCGCUCGGACUCAUUGAUGGACGUGCAGGUGCAUAUGGAUCCGCUGAUUUUCUGUUCCAUCUGACUCGAUUCUUCAGACAUAUCUCGUGGUUCGCGCCGGGUGUUGUCACAAAGUGUCUCUACCAGUUCGAAAAGCCCGUCAGCCCGCACAUCGCCGCGGCUCUGUCCAAAAAAGACACGCCCUCGGACGACAUCUUGCGCUCCAAGCUCUACGACUACGUCUCCGAGUGCGCGCGCGCCGGCCCGGGCUGGGCGUUUCUGGAAACCGCUGGCGGCGUCCACUCGCCUGGCCCGUCCGGAACCUCGCAGCUGGACCUCUACCGCGCGCUGCGUGCGCCUGUCGUCCUCGUCGCCGACUCGCGCCUGGGCGGCAUCUCGUCAACCAUCUCCGCCUACGAGUCGCUGAAGAUCCGCGGCUACGAUGUCGAGGCCGUCAUGCUGUUCAAGGACAGCGAGUAUCAGAACCACGGCUAUUUGAAAUCCUACUUUGACGACUUCCACACGCCCAGUCUGGCUAUUCCUGCCCCGCCGUCCAAGAGCCCAAAUCCGUCGACUGACGAAGACAACAUGACUGACUACUACCGCGGCGUCAGCGAGAGCGAAGACGUGCAUGAUGUCCUCGCCCACUUGGCCAGACGGCACGAGAGACGCAUCAAGAGGCUGGAGACCAUGUCCAGUCGCGCGUACGACCAGAUUUGGUGGCCGUUUACCCAGCAAAAGCUUCUUUCUCCAUCCACCAUCACCAGCAUCGACUCUGCAAACGAUGACUUCUUCCAGACCUUCCAGCAGCAAUCGGCCGGCCAGAGCGAAGACCUCCCCGCCGCUUCUCCCGUGAAACCUCUGAUCAAGCCCUCAUUCGACGGCUCAGCCUCCUGGUGGACCCAAGGCCUCGGACACGCCAACCCCAAGCUGACGCUCGCGGCCGCCUACGCCGCAGGCCGCUACGGGCACGUCAUGUUCGCGGAAGCGGUGCACGAGCCGGCGCUGGGCCUCGCGGAGCUUCUCCUUAAUGAAAUGCAGAACCCGCGCCUCCAGCGCGUCUUCUUCUCCGACAAUGGCAGCACCGGCACCGAAGUCGCCGUCAAGAUGGCCCUGCGCGCCGCGCGCACCCGCUACGGCUGGGACGCGUCGGAGGACUUGGGUAUCUUGGGCUUGAAGGGAAGCUACCACGGCGACACGAUCGGUGCCAUGGACUGCGCCGAGCCGUGCACGUACAACGAGAAGAUUGAAUGGUACAGCGGCAAAGGCUUCUGGUUCGACUUCCCGACCGUGAAGAUGGUGGAUGGGAAGUGGAUCGUCGAGGUGCCGGAGACGUUGCAGGAGGCCCUGGGCCCGAGCCAGUCGUUCAACUCCCUGGACGAGAUUUUCGACCUCGAGACCCGUGUCAAAGGCCUCGCGUGCAAGCAGUACGAGCAGUUCAUCACGGCCACACUCGAGAAGCUCGCCGCGCAGGGCCGCAAGUUUGGCGCCCUCAUGCUCGAGCCCGUCGUCCUGGGCGCCGGGGGCAUGCUCUUUGCGGACCCGCUGUUCCAGCGCGCGCUGGUGAGCGUGGUGCGUCGCAGCGCGCACAUCUUCGCACCAUCUCACUCUGCUCCUGCGCCAACAGGAGAGAGCAAUAGUAGUGCCGACCCAAGCAAAAGUUUCCGCGAAAUAUCAAGCGAAGACCAAGCAGUCGUCAAGCAAAUGAUGGCCGAAGACGGAAUCGAAUCGAUUGAGGAAUACACGAAAGUCCAGCGGGCACCCUUGGCCAGCUCUAAAUCAGCAACAACGUGGACAGGCCUCCCCGUCGUCUUCGACGAGGUCUUCACGGGCCUGUACCGCCUCGGCCGCUUCAGCAGCGCGUCCUUCCUGGGCGUCCACCCCGACGUCUCCGUCCACGCGAAAUUGUUGACAGGUGGCUUGCUGCCGCUGUGCACUACGUUGGCGAGUGAGUCCGUCUACGACGCCUUCUUGAGCGACGAUAAGACGGACGCCCUGCUCCAUGGCCAUAGCUACACCGCGCACGCUGUCGGCUGCACCGUCGCGACGGAGUCGGUGCGCACGAUGCGCGCGAUGGAGCGCGAGGGCGCGUGGGACGCGUUCCGCGAGGAGUGGGCGGGGGCGUGUGCGGGUGCGAACGCGACACCAGCCAAGGAUCCAGCCGCCGUGUGGUCCGUCUGGUCGGCCGCCUUCCUGGCCGCGCUCUCCCGCUCCCCGCGCGUCGACGCCGCGUGGGCGCUCGGCUCGGUGCUGGCCAUCACGGUGCGCGACGAGGCGGGCGCGGGCGGGUACACGUCUACGGCAGCGAAGGGGGUGCAGGCCGCGCUGGCAGACGGGGCCGCUGGCUGCAGCGUGCAUUCCCGCAUCUUGGGCAAUGUCCUCUACCUCAUGGCGGGGCAGAAGACGAGCGUGGAGACUGUGAAGGAGGUGGAGGGUUGUGUGGGGGCGGCGUUGGGCGUGCGUGUGUAGGUAGGUGGCUUGUAUAGUACGCUGCUGCUUCGACUUUGGAUGUACGGAGAGGUUGUGGAAGAGCGGAUUGGUCAAGACUGAGAUGUGUGUGUGUGUGUGUGUGUGUGUGUGUGUGUGUGUUCUUUUCUUCUUUGCGCCGCUGUUGUGGUUAGGCGCGGCGCUACGCAUGACCUUUCAAAGCUCCAUUGUCUUGGUUUUCCGGCUGCGGGGCUUACGUGUUUGUGUUUGUGCUUGCUUGUG